AUGAAACGUUGUCGUAGCCAGUCUCCAGAGGCUCCUAGGAAGCGGCAACACGUUGCGGACCCACCGCGCUCGGAAAUGAUGGCUUCAUGGCUCUCCCCUACAGAUUCACCGUCAAAUCCAUUCGGAAGGAGUCGAUCGUGGCAAAUGAUGCAAGACCUUCCACCACCGACCCCGUUCUCAAAACAUCUAACACUACGGUUUCAAUAUGUGCGGCGUGGCUCCCGGACUGAGCAGGACAAUGUCAUGCCAACGGAAGGUGUUUACCGUAUCGUCCAAGUCCCAAAAAAUUACACACUGGUCCAUCUUCGCAGUCUGGUCUGGUGGUUGUUUGGUGGCAUAUUUGGGAUCAGCCCCCCUGAACCACACGACUCGGCGCUCCAUAUCGACCCAUAUGCAGUGGAAGAUGACGAGGAAUCGCCGUACAAAUUCGAGUUAAAGAAGGCUAUAACAAUGUCGAGGCGACCAGGACAGAUAAAGAAAGGAACAACUUGGGCAAUUGCUUCAGGUCUACUGGAUCCAUAUCUAUAUGCUCCUGAUCAAACCGAAGACGAGGAGGCGGAGGCGGAAGGAGAACUAGCUGAUGACCGGCGUUGGAUGGCUGAAGAGGAUGUUACCCUAGCUCAUAUUUGGCCAAACGGCCUCGACGUGACCCGUGGUUUUGUCUACACCCAUAAUCCGUUUCUUCAAGUCCACAUUACCAUCAAUACCUUGUCUGUGCCAGCCCGCCAAGGUAAAGGUCGUGAUCCAUUCGUAUUCAUCGCCCUCGGAAACGCGUAUCUCGACCCACCUUUUGCUUCUCCAGAAACCGGACCGCCACCACUGAAUUAUCACUUCAAAUUCAACUCGGCAGAUAUCUGGAAUGUUUCUGACGCCUUUCGAGAUUUUUACAUCAAAAAUACGGUGUUACCUCUGAGUACCUACCAAGUCGAAGACGCCGUUCAACGCGAUGUGCCUGAAAUGACUUUUCUGUCAUCAAGUCCAGCACGCUCAUCCUCGCCAAUGGUGUCGACGCCAUUAUCAAGUCGACAAACACCAGAUCAUCACGACCCCUUCUCGAGUUCGCCUUCUUCGUUGAAUGCGACAUCUACCCCAGCACCAAGACCGGCUCAAAGGAAACGAAUUAUGCGUAUGCAACGGCAAAUUGGUGCACUCAGUCAAGUGGUGGUCUAUGAUGAUAGUGAUUGGGAGGAGGCCAUAGAGGCGAGCAAGAUGGGAGGUGAGACGGCAGGACGCGUUGGUUGCCCAGAUCAAAUGUUUUCUGGAAUCUGGUCACCACAACUCUGA